GAGAGUAUAAUGUUAAUAUUAUUAUACAUCUAUGUGUCCAUGAGUGAGGGUAUUGAGUAUAUUCAUAGCAAGAGGCUGGUAAAAAUUUUAUUUCAUCCAAUGGUAAACAUUUUAGGAGGAGUUUAAGCCCAAAAUAAUAUGGAUGAGCACAAUGUUAACUGAGUCUAAACUAGAUUCUGUGAAUGGUUAACAAUCAAUUGUUGUAGUCAUUUUAUGUCAACUAAACACAACACAUAUUAAUAAAGUUGAACAUUUUCUAAGUCAGUUGACUUGCUUGUUAUAAACCAAUGUUAUCACUUGAUUAUUAAACUUUUAUAGCUUUCAUCUUAACUAAUCUAGUCUAAUGUUUAACUAUAAACAAAUAUUAUAAGUUAUACUGUAAAUUGUGUUAUUUAAUAACAAGUCAACGAUAAUUUUGUUUCCUUUAAUUAGUUCUUGUUUUUGGUUUCAAUUUUAACUAAUCAUUUUUCACUCCUCCUCAAUGUUUCCAUUUCAUUUGUGAGUGUUAAUGUUUCCUCGAGUGUCAAUCUGUACAUCAUAUCAAGUAACCCGUUGUGGGUUUCCAUAAUUGAUUUUAAUUGUCGCCAUUAACAGUUAAAUAAUUGUUGUGAGCCAUGCCAACAAACGAAACUGUGCAAAGUGAUACAACAACCAAUUAUACGGUUUCAUCGACCAUCAGAAACAGUGAAGUACGAACUGUAAUGCUUUAUGGUGUGCCUAUUAUUGCAUUAAUUAUGGACGGAGUUGAACGCCUUUGUUUAGCCCAAAUAUCUAAUACAUUAUUGAAAAAUUUCAGUUACAAUGAGAUUCACAAUAGGAGAGUCGCACUUGGCAUCACUUGUAUCCAAUGUACACCAGUCCAGUUGGAGUUGUUACGUAGAGCUGGAGCCAUGCCGGUCUCAUCUCGACGCUGUGGUAUGAUAACUAAACGUGAAGCUGAGCGACUUUGUAAAUCAUUUCUAGCUGAAACUCAACCUCCUAAAUUGCCGGAAAAUUUUGCAUUCGAUAUUUAUCACCAUUGUUCUUGGGGCUGUAAAGGUAGUUUCAUGCCAUCUCGGUACAACAGUUCAAGAGCAAAAUGCAUAAAAUGUACCUAUUGUGGACUCUUCUUUUCACCAAACAAAUUCAUCUUCCACUCUCAUCAAUUACCUUCAUCGAAAUAUGUUCAGCCCGAUGCGGCAAAUUUCAACUCUUGGCGACGUCACAUUAAAUUAGCGGGAAAUCCUUCGGAAGAUGUUUGUUUGGUUUGGGAAGAUGUUAAAGCAAUGUUCAAUGGUGGAAGUAGGAAGAGAGCGAUGUCUUGUGGAUUAAGUAGUGGUGGUGGUGCGAGUGCAAGUAAUAAUCCUACUAGUCAACAUCAUCAAUCCUCUUCAUCGUCCUCAUCCUCUUCAAACCAACAUCAACAUUAUGACAAAAAACAACGGCUUGAAAGUCCAAUCAAUUCAAUCGAAUCAACACCAACUCCUCCUCAUCACCCUUCAAAUCUUCAUCCACAUCAUCUUCACUCUCUACCACCACCUACAUCAUCAUCUCAACACCUUCACCACCACCAUCGACAUGUUCACCCUCACUUAUCCCACCAUGUUCAUCCAAACUCCCUACUUGAUCCAAGUUUAAUCAAAGGAUUGAAUUCUGCAGCUACCGGGUCAAAUUGUUUACCUCUAUCUUCACUUCCAGUCAAACCAUCGUACGCACUUCCAGUUCCCACCAUGAAUGGUCCAAAUGCCCCAGUAUCAUCUUCAUUAUCUUCAUCGUCAACAUCAACAUCGUCAAGACAAUGUUUACAAACGGAUAGUUCAAGAGAUAACACCAAUUCACAUUUAGGUUCACAUCCACCACCGCAACCACUUCCAAUUUCGUCGCUUUGUUCCACACCAGGAGGUAAAAAUUAUAAUGGUACAUCUGCUCACCUCUCUCCAGUGGACUUUAGAUCAAGCUUUGCCGAUUUAAUGACAUGGAGCUCAGGCGGUGGUCUUAAGGGAUCAUCAAACUCCUCAACAUCUCCAGCUUCUUCUUCGUCCUGGAGUAUUCCCUAUGGAUGUGUUUUUUGGCCUCGUUCACCAGCUACAGCGGCUGUAGCCGCUGCUGCUGCUGCCGCUGCGGCAGCCUCAUCUGGUUCUGGUGCAUCAAAUCGUCUUCCCAAUGAUUUAUUAUAUCCAGUUAUGGAUGCAACUGCAGUUGCUGCUGCCGCUGCCGCUUCUGCCACAUCCUCGUCGAAAUCGUCAUCAAUUUCCAAUCAUAACAUUCAUUCACCUCAUGCUUCACUAUCCGAUGCUAGUCCUCAUCAUCCCCAUCAUUGGUUAAUGCCAAUUGAAGCAGCCGCUAGUUCAUCAUUCCUAUUAUCAUCAGCUGCGGCAGCGGCAGUUUCACAGAGUCGUUCACUUAUGGAAUCCUCUCCCUUUACCAAUGGACAAGGUUCGCUAAGUCACAUAUCUGCUUUUAAACCAAUCAAUAUAACAAAUAAAUCGGCUUCAUCGUUGUCAUCCUCUAAACAUAACAAUAGUGUCAAUCAAAUUUUACUAUCUUCCUCUUCCAUGCACGGUGAAUUAACACCUCGCUUAAAGGACGAUCAACUAUCUCCAAUUCCAAUCGAUUCACCAGCAAAUUCACCAGUUAAUGAUGUAGAUGAUGUAAAUGAACCUUCUACUCGUAUAUCUCCUAGUCCAAGUGAUACUGAAGCUGAUGUGAUUGAUGUCAUUGGUAAUGAUGAAGGUGAUGAUGUGGAUGAAGGUGAAGAAGAAGUAGAAGAUGAAGACGAAUCCUGUCUGAAAAAUACUCAAACCAAUCGCUACAAGAAGACUAAUAUUGAUGAAGUUAUUAAAAAAGAGCCAUCAGUUAAGCUGACCUGGAGACAAGAAAUGUUAGACAAAAAUACAAAAAAGGAAAUUAGUAAUGAUUUUGAUAAAAGUGAAGCUAAUGAACGACCAACAAAACAAUCAACUGGUUUAAUGGUUCCAUCCAAUUUAGCCCUGGAUUUAUCAAACAUGGGAUCAAUUUCAAAAGGAGAUGAUUUGAAUCGGUUGAUGUUGAAUGGAAGUGAAUCCCGGCAAAGAUUGGAAAAGGAACUGGAAUUGAUGCAAAAUCUUGUUCUCAAUGGACCUUAUAAAUGUAAUCCAGCCAGUGGAUACUCGUUAAUCGGUGAUGAUCAAGGAAGAUCAGCUGAACAAUUAACUCGGGAUGAGAUGCAUAAAAGACUUCAAUUCGUUAGUUUACUUAAACUUAAUCAACUUAAUUACUAUUCCAGUUAGUCAUUUUACUGAAACAUUUCCCUUUAUCCACCAAGAACAAAAGUACAUAUCAAGAUCCAUCAGCAUGUUAUUUCAGUUGCGUUCUUACCAAAAAUAUAACCCUUUUGAUCUCAUGAUCUAGAAAAAACAAAACAAACAAUUAGCCAAAUUAAAAUAGAAAUCAUUAAAUCAUAUCAUUAAACAUGUCAAUUAGUAAAUUGUACUUCUUUCCAGCACACAUAACUGUCUUUAUGAAUCAUCUAUGUAAUGUAAAAUAAAUGAAACACAUUCAUCAAUAACUCAGUUGAUCUCAUAUUUGAAAUGGAAGUAAUUAUAAAUUGUAAAUAAUUUGAUUAAAAUUUUCUUUCCUUCAUUUGA